AUGAAAUUUGAACUAUUACCAAACGAAAUAUUAAUUGAAUGCUUUGAAUAUCUCAGUAUGUUUGAUAUAUUUCAUUCAUUUGAUCAAUUAAAUUAUCGUUUUUAUAAACUUCUUCGAACUAUUCCAAUACAUCUCAAUUUUCAAAAUGUUCGUAAAACAAAACUUUUUCAAUUUUGUCAACAAAAAUUAUCAAAUUCAAAAAUUAAACAACAAAUUUAUUCAUUACAUUUAUCAAAUAAAGAUGCAUGUGGUCAAAUCAAAACAUUUUUAUUACGUUUUCUGCUCAACAAGUUUUCUAAUCUUUAUUCAUUAACAUUAACUCAAAUUGAAAUCAAUGUUACCAAUAUCAUCUAA